AUGUCAUUCCUUCUCAACUACGCCUUUGGACAACGACCCGCUCCAAAGCGCAUACCAACGGAUACAGUCAUACCGCUGAAUAGCCAGGAUGAUAGAAGUGAACAUAGAAACAUUGCGGUGGAGCUCACUAUGCGCUUCGACGAUGUUCUCGAUGCCCAAAAGCUCGCUGAUGCACUUUGGAAAUUGCUUGAGAAGCCCCGUUGGAAAAAAGUGGGAGCACGAAUACGUUGGAACAACAACGGUGGACGACUUGAGAAUCAUAUUCCGGCCCAGUACACCAAGGAUCGUCCACCAAUUGAUUACACUCAAAAGACGUACGAUAUGAAAUUGCAAGAACAUCCCGUGUCGCGCAGGUUGCCCAAUGUCGAAGACAAUGAUUGUAUACAAUCAUUUGAAACCUUACCUGUGACGACUGAGCUUACGCCACGGGAGGGCGGUCCAAAAGUGCUUGAAUAUUGGACUCACAGCGACAAGGCACAGUUAGGGCUGGACAUUGCCAAUUUUCAAGAUGCGACAUUGGUUACAAUAACGUGGCUACAUACACUAAUGGAUGCGUUGGGACUCCAUACACUGUUGGAUGCAUGGAUCGCGGUCCUAGAAGGAAGGGAUGAAGACGUACCAGAACUCUGGGACUACGAUGUUGACUAUUUAGAAGAGCUUGGCACGCUACAAAAUGAGGAAGAUGAAGAAAAGAAACAACAUUCGGUAUGGGCGACAGCAUCAAGUCUCAAGGACUGGAUAUCGAGGCUACCCAAGUUACCCAACUUCAAACUCAUCCUUGCUGUCCUUCACUGGCGCCUAUUCCAGACCCCCAAGCCACAAUGCGAUCGCAAAAUGUACAUACCAGCACCCUCCAUGGCCCGACUACGCAAUGAAGCAAUGAGCGACCUCGCCUCACUCGACCCUUCUCAAGUAACCUACAACACCACUGCUCCUCCCAAAACCACACCGUUCCUCUCCGACGGCGACAUCAUCACCUCCUGGCUAAUCCGGCACCUCGUAACCUCCGACCUCGACCUCCCAAAGCACCCUCCCACCCGUCCAAUCCUGGUCCUCAACGUCCUCGAAAUGCGCGAUGUACUAAGCGAAGCGACGGAAAAAUACAAAGUCCUAAUCCCCAAAAACACCGCAUACAUCGGAAACGCCACGGCCGGUAUCUUCACCCCCUUUACACUAAAAGACUUUCUCGGCCUCCCCCUCGGCCACGUCGCCGCCAAACUCCGCAAGGAAAUCGUCGAAAAGGGCAACCGCGAGGCGCUCGAAAAAACGCAUCGCGACCAGCGGCUCGGUCGCUACGACCACAUACUCCCACCGGGUACGACGAUGAUUCCCAAGACAAUCAUCAUGAGUAACUGGAAUAAAGCGAGGUUUUUCGAAACGGACUUUUCGGCGGCUCUUGCGCCAGAGUGA